UCUCAACGUAGUUACCAGGUCAUAAAAUCCCAAAAAAAAAAGAUAUCACAACGUAGUGUUUAAAAAUUAAAAUCUCUUCGGAUAUCUCGAUAAAAAGUACUGAGUAUACAUUUCGAAAAUGGACACUGUUGUUAAAAGUAUGUUGGAAGACGAAGAAGAAGAAAAAAAGGGACUUGUCUUGUUCGGAAGAGAUCUUUCACAGAUACCAUGUUUCCGAGAUAGUUUUGUGUAUGGCAUAGCAUCAGGAGUUGGAGUUGGUCUGGCAUCAUUUAUCAAAACAUCUAAACCAUUGUACUCUCAGCACAUUGGUUUCAGUACAUUUGUCAUGACCACUAUGAUAUAUUGGUCAUACUGUAGAUACCAGUGGUCCAAACAGAGAUUUGAUGCUCAGCUUAUGCAAGAGGCACUAAGAGAUAAAAUUGUGCAUGAAGGAACAACUGCCUAUGAGAGAGAAUUGGAAAUGAAAGGCAUCUUGAAGUCUGCUUAAGUUUAGUUUAUAUGUUUAUAUUGUAUGGUUGAUACUGCAGGUUUUUUUACAAAAACAAAUAUGUAGUGACAUUUAUAGUCACUACAAAAAGAUAUAUUGCUUUUAAGAUGGCAUUGUAAAUAAAUACUACUAUUUUUAUAAUAUGUAGCUGUAGAUAUAUGUAAAUAGAACUAGGAAAAUUAUAUUUAUUAAUAGAAUCAAGCUGAGACAGUA